GUAGGUUUGUUGUUGUUUUCCUCUGAUGUGCAGAAGCUAAAUUUGGGGCGAAGACACGGGGAAGGUGCGGGGACGGAGGAGCACAAAUUCCUACAAAAUAAAUCAUCGCAACUUUUAAGAUAAGGCCAGAGUCCAAAUUCCAACUGUGAGUAUAUUGCUAAUUAACGUUCAUCAGAGUCUUUGUCGCUAAUAUUGAAUAGAAUUCCCAUAGGUUUGCCAUGUACUUAGUGUUUUUCAAGCAUAAUUCUUUUUUUGUACCAAGCUUACUAGUCUGAAUCCUUAUUGUGCAGGAUGCUGAUCAGAAUGCGUUGGUUAAUAUUGCCAGUUAUUGGGCUACAGAGUUUGGCCUUAGCUGAAAAUAUGUGCAACAGAUGCCUCCUUUUUUUGCAUCAUUCAAACUUUAAUUAUCUGUAUCGCUUUCUCUACACCAUGCAACAAGCGACAGCUUAGAUUUUUUCGAGUGGAAACAGUGUGCAGUGUGCUUAUUCUACCUUCCUCUGGCCUGCUGCUAACAUCGGCGACCCGUGGCGCUACCUCACGGACCCGCGGGAACUACUGAUAUGGCGGGAGAUUUUGAACUUGGAACAUAUCAAAAAAGGUUUGGGAAGUGAAUUUUGAUCUGUAUGACCUUAAUUCUAAUGAAGAUGCUUCCCAUGAUAAAAUAUUGUGGCCUAAAGUGGAUCCCAGGCACAUAAUUGACUACUUUUUGGUGUUCCCAAGAGCUCGGGUUGGGGUGGUCCGACUAAAGCUUUCUCGACAUCUUUUUUUUUUUAGACCUACUGCUUUUUCUUGAAUUAUUGAUUGACUUCUUUUGUAUGUUUUGUGAUCACUGAUCAUGUUAACCUACUGUUUCAUUAGAACUGCAAUGUUACUUCUUCUUGAACAAUUGAGUGAAAAACUUAUUUAUGCAGCUUUUUUCUUUCACUUUUUGUACGCAAAUGAAGAGAAAAAUUGAUGUUUCUCACCUUCGUUCAAAGUUUGUAUUAAUUAAAUCUUAAUAUACACUAACAAAUUGCUCACUUGCUCGCCCUUAUCACAGUUUAUAAAGAAAUCGACACUACAGCCAUAAUUCUCUCUUAACUGUGAUAGUAAGGGCGAGCAUGUGAACAAUUUGUUAGUAUAUAUUAAGAUUUAAUAAAAACAAUUUCUAAAUUAAGGUGGGGAAUAUUAGUUUUUCACUUCAUUUGCGCACAAAAAGUCAAAGAAAAAAGCUGCAUAAGUAAGUUUUUCACUCAAUUGUUCAAGAAGAAGUUACAUUGAAGUUCUAAUGAAACAUUAGGUUAACAUGAUCAGUGAUCACAAAACAAAGAAAUAGUCAAUCAAUAAUUAAAGAAAAAAAAUUAGGUCUAAAAUAAAAGAUGUCGAGAAAGCUUUAGUCGGACCACCCCAACCCGAGCUCUUGGGAACACCAAAAAGUAGUCAAUCAUGUGCCUGGGAUCCACUUUAGGCCACAAUAUUUUAUCAUGGGAAGCAUCUUCAUUAGAAUUAAGAUCAUACGGAUCAAAAUUUACUUCCCAAACCUUUUUUGAUAUGUUCCAAGUUCAAAACCUCCCGCCAUAUCAGUAGUUCCCGCGGGUCCGUGGCGCAGCGCUGUAUGUUGUCCCCUGAAUGUAGGCAAUUUCAAGGAGCCGAGGAACCAAGAAUACAAAAGUUCCACUGUACGCCAUCAAGGCCUUAGCAAUUUUGUCACAACUAUCUAAAUAUCUUCUAUUUUGUCGGCAUGGAAAAAUUAAAUGAUUUUGAACAACUUACUUUGUCUUAGAUGGAUUGCUUUCUUUCGUGUGAGCAUUUUUCAAACCAACAUCAGCGGCACAGAAUAUUGCCCUGCGGACACUGCACCAGUAUGGUAUUGACACAUCAGAUUCACUUUGGAAUAGGUCUGAAAUGCCGCUGUGUAAGUAGAAUUUUUGUAACCGAGCACAUGUGUAGAUGUGGUUUUGAAGUAGAUGUAUGAGUAGAAAUUUGUUUUCUGGUCCUUAGUAUUGUUGUCUUAGUGUGCCUGCAAGAUUACUACAGAUUUGAUAAAAGCAGCUCUGUUUGAGACAGUUGUUCAGCUUAAGUCGAUUUUUACUAUUUCAACUAUUAUCUUUUUUCUGUGCAAAAAACUAAUGAUGUUUUGGAUUUUUUAAAAUUUUAGUACUUUGUGGCAUGUGGGUUGGUGGCGGUGUCGAUCUGUCUUGGGUUCGAGUACCGACCGAUUUUUUUUCCGUUUUAUCAAACCAAUUUUUCCCCCACCAGGCUGACGGCGUUGUGGUUCUCCGGCCCCUCCGGCCAUGUCGUCGGGCCAGAUCGACGAGGCCAUCGCGGAGGUGGCCAGCGCCGUGGCACGCCUGCAGCAGCGCCUUCAGCAAGACGACGCCAAGGCGUGUCUGGCGGACACCAUCACCUGCGCGAUGCAGUCCGACUCCCAGUCCGAGGACCGCCGCUGCAAAUGUGACAAGAUUGAUGGCGUCGUGGACGGCGACUCGAGCGAGGUGCACCUCGUUGUGCGGUAUUUGUUAACCGUCUUGAGAAAGCAAGGCAUGCUCAACCAGGUGUGCAGCGUGUGUACACCAUCACAGGAGACGGUGAUCCCCGUGUGCAAAGAGUCCGAGGAGCUGUCUGGCGACGAGGAGGAGGGUGGUGUGGGCCAGGAGCAGGAAGCAGAGGCCGCGUUGGUGUUGGAGCAACCGAACGUGGAGGAGGCAGAGGAAGAGGAGGAGUCCUUGGAGGACGAGGAGGAGGAAGAGGAAGAGGAUGACACACAACGCUUGGAUGUUCACAACGCUUUUCUCGAGCUCCAACGCAGAGUCACCUUAGACCUAAGCUCGCUCAGCAAGCAUGGGCCAGAUGAUUUGGCUCAGGCGAAAGUGUCUCUGCUGGCGCCACAUAUGCUAGAGCCGGUGCGAAAAUUGAUCCACCUGUACUGUGAUGUGGAUAGUGCAUGGGUGCUGCAGUUGCUUUAUGACUUGGCCCCACAACUGGAGGAGCUUCAAAUGUCCAGGCCUUCCAAAGCACACCUGGAGGUGAUGGAGACUAUGCCACAACUGAGUCGCCUUGAUAUAGAAUACUAUAAUGGAAGUAGUCAGAGCUAUGGAAGCCAACAGGACUCCAAGACAGCAAGCAACAACUAUGUUUUUAAGAGGCUUCCAGCCAGGCACUGUGGUCUCCGGUUUCUGAGGGUGGGGCACAUGCCGAAAAAAAGUACUCUGUCCUUGAUAAGAACCCACCGGAAGACUCUGGAAGAGCUGUGGAUGUCCGUCGGCUCGGGGAGUUCCCCAGGCAGCACGGGGAUGUCGGAGGGCGACGGUUGGCCCGAAAACUGCCUCGACCUCCACGAGAAGCUGGGCCGGUACGCGGCCGAAGGGCCACUCAAGCGUCUCGUGCUGUUCCGAUGGCUGUACGCGCACGACGGGACUGCCUGCCUCGUCCAGAUCCACGCCCUCCGGCAGGCGCUGCCAGGGGUCGACGUGCUCUGCCGUGAAUGCGACAAAAUUUCCUUUAGUGACUUUUGAAUGGCCUUUGUACAGUAGUUCAAUUAAACAAAUGAAUUAGAUCAAUUGCUUGUACCAUUCCUAUUUUUAAUAUUUUCAAGAAUGACAGAGCUCUUUUGUGAUUUCGCUCCUUGAAUGGCUUGUUGCCACUCAAUGCACAGUCUAGUGUAAAAUCAAUUUUAUACCAAUUUUUAUACUCUUGUUUUUUUUGUUUUAUUUUUUUGUUCGUUAAUGCAGAGAAUUAUUUUUUGUUUUGUUUUACCUUUUUGCUGUUUUAAUAAAACAGCAGUGGAGAAUCUUGUAACUUGAUUUGUUUUAAAAUAAUUAUUGUACUAGUUAAAUUUUAUAGUGAAUUGUAUACGUUUUACGGGUUGGGGUUAUUGCUAAUAACAACUUUUUGAUGUGUAUUUGGAGGUUUUAAUGAGUCAGCGACACAUAAAGUUUUCUUGUUGUGUUGUUUUGUUCCUGUAAAGUAUUUUAGUUUUCUAGUCCAAUCAAGAGGUAGAAUGUGGUUUUACCUACAGUACAUCACAUUUUGUAUUACACCAUGAUUUUCUGUUUGCUUACCAGUUUUCUUUAAUUAUUUGUUGUUUUUUUCUUGUUAUGUUUCUAUUUAUGUAACCUUUCAUCAGGCAGUCUGAUACUAAUUCGAAAUGACUACAAUCCAUAUAAUGGACGGACGGACGGUGAGAGACACUUUGCUCGGUUCAAACUUGAAUCAAGCCAAGCUGUUUCAAUGUGCUAACUGAACUGAUUUUGUAAUAAAAUGAAAAAUAAAAUAAGGUCUUAUGAAGACUAAUUAACCCUUUAGAAAA